AUGCACCUCGCUGAUAUCCACGCCUUCGAGAACCUAUCACUAGGGAUGUCUCAGGCCCCACACGCGCCACCCAAGCCGCAGCGCAAUCAGAACCUCUUUCUACCAUUGAUGUUUCCAAUUCGGCUACGCGGCGGAGACUCCAGAAUCGUUUCAAUCAAAGCGCAUGUCGUUUGCGUUAGGAAGCAGAAGAAGUUGAAAGAUCGGCUCAAACCGCAAUCAAUGAUGCCGAGGAGAAAAGCAACAUACGCACUAGCACUAGCUCGGGCCAUGGCGCAACAUCGACAAAACUCACGAUCACCGCAUGCGACUUACCACUCCCUAUGCACUUUCGCACCUCUAAAAGUCCAUAAGCUCAUGCAUGAGUUUAAAACGAAAGCUAUGAAGGCUAUGGUGCAGCUUGUGACGUUGAUCAUCGCGGCCCUCAUGCGGUUGAUUCUAUCCUUGAGCUUGUGA